GCUGCAUUCUUUCCGGCGAGUUGUUUGAUCCACGAUUCUGGCUGUGGUUUGUGUCUGUGCUUUUCAACAUAAUUUAUUUUUGCUACAUCCUUGUACCAAAUUUCAAUUUGUGCACAUGUCAAACAACCGUGAAUUUAACAAAUGGCAUGAUCUACCAGUGGAUCUCAAAUUGGCUAUUCUGCGCCAUCUUCCAUUCACUACUUUGAUGCGUUUUAUGUGUUUGAGCAAAGAGUGUUACUCGCUGGCGUCACGGGCAAAGGCUAAAGUCGAGAGGGUGAUGUAUUGGUAUCGAUCACAUACCCUAGGAUUUGAGCCCCCAUGCGUUCAUGUGAGUAUCACAUGGGAGUCAGUUUCCGGGUUUGGCUAUGAUGGCUAUGUAGUCGAAAUUUAUGAGCACGGCACCACACAAAGCGUGCUUCGUCGCUUGAGAGGAGCGCAAAUACGUUAUGACCAGGAUUUUGAAUCUGUUGCUGUACGAUUACUCGUUCAUUACACAAAAAUCCUAAAUGUUCGAAUUGUGCUAAUAAAUCAGUCUGUCAUGACGCCAGGAUUUGCACGUGCUCUUCGUGGACAGCUUUCCACUUCAACCCUGCAAGCGAAACGUUUUGGGCUAUCUACUGAGGAUGGAUCCUUAAUUUCUGUGCUUCUACCUUACCUGCCAUUUCAUUCAUCGAGCAUUCUUAUUUCCAAUCUCAAUCAUGAUAAUGUGACCUUAGGUACCGAUAUUUUUGAUCAUGAAGCGAUCCGCACUGCUCAGGAGUUCUUCUCUAGUACCUUCAAGGCAGAUAUUUAUGAUGAGCAACUAGGCAAACUACAAGCAUCUAAUCUUGGUGUCCGCUCUCCUCACAUCACCUCGCAUUCCAUCAAUGAACUGAUCUUGGAGUGGUUCAGAGGUGAACGUCAAAUCGCUUACUUCAGAAUAAGUACUGACAAACUUUUGCAGUGGGAUGAUCUACUUAAUGGUGCGAAUGCAGCAGAUGUUAAAAGUGUGGUUGAUGCAAUUGGAGGCAGUGGGGUUGGCGAGGUUCUGCUGCAUAGUAAAUAUGGCAAUCUUUUCGUACGGAUGUCUGCUCAUUUUUGUGAACUACGUCGUGUGUCGUCUACAUGA